CUUCAAUCCAGCUGCCUCCGUGUCUUCUCUCCUAGUCCCUUUCCUUUCAAUUGCUCAUUUGCAUCUCUUCAGUUGUACUUUAUACCUUUUAAUUACUUCUCCUUGACAUCUCUAUCUGCUUUCUCUCCCCUCGAUCUCAAAAUGGCCUCUCCCCGCGCAGCCUCCCCUCUCACCUCCGGCGCCGAAUCCGGCCCCGACAACAAGGCUCCUGGCUCCGGCGCCGCCGCCGCCUCGGGCUCCAGCGUCAACCGUCCCUCCUCUCCCACUCCCCCGGGUGGUCCUCGCGCUGCGCUGCGCCGUCGCGCGGCCGCCGAUCACAAGGAGACCCUGCGCAAUGCCAGACCUAGCUCGACGCGCUCGGCUGGCGCUGGUGGCUCCUCCGGUACGAUGCUGAAGCUCUACACUGAUGAGAGCCCCGGUCUGCGUGUUGAUCCCGUCGUCGUGCUGGUUUUGAGUCUCGGAUUUAUCUUCUCGGUUGUUGGGUUGCAUGUUAUCGCGAAGAUUACCCGCAAGUUCUCUGCGUGAGCUUGAAUUGCACGCUCAUUUCUACGGUGUCGUGUCUAUGCACUAGUCGAGCGGGCGAUGUCGAGUGAGCAGCGCGGUGUCUCAAACCGUGACCUUGCUCCUGACAUGGUGUG